CCUUAUUUAUUUAUCUAUCACUUUUUCGUCGUACGAGAAAAAUGUAUACAGGAGAAGUAAAGAAGGUAUACAUAUAUAAUCUUAUGUCGGAAAUUUUCCAAGAAAUUUCCUAAUCACAUAUAAUUUCACAGCUAAAUUUUUGCUUUGUGUUCCUUGAUUUCCUGAAAACAUGGGUUUUAACAAGAAAGAUGUCCAGCUGGAUAUCUCUUUGAAUAAUGAUAAAAAAUGGGAUAAUUAAAAAAAAAAAAGAAUGAAAUAAGGAUUAGUUAAAAAAGCGAAUCAAUUUACCGGGCGGGUGGACUGAGCAGUAAACUGGUUCUGUUCUGCUUUCUGGAAGUGAAAUUGUACUUUUGGAGGGUAAUGAUAAAGACUCAGAUGUGAAUUGUCAUUCUUGGUUUUGCUUUAGUCUCAGUGUGGAGUGUCAUACUGAUGACUCCGCUGACCAAAAGAUUCACACUUCACAUCAACUAAAAACUCAGUUCUUGUCUCUCAAAGAACUUACCAUACUGAGUAUAAUAAAUCACGCCUCAUGGCUAUUUUAGGGUACUAGGCAAAUUACGCCACUCAAAGUCCAACCCCGUUGACGUCGACCCCGCCGUGAGGUGGCAACAGGUAAUGCUGGCUGGCCACACAGGGCUCUGGUAUAGUCCAGCUCUGGCCCCGUCUCUUUCACGCAACGCUAUGCUCCCGGGCUAGUUUAGCCUCGUUUCUGACGCCGCCAAGGCGAGCCUGGGCUCUAUCCACUGGAAGGCGGGAAAUAAAAAUUAUCAAACAUGGCGACCAGAGGAGGAUUUCUUGUUGGAGAUCAUAACAUUCGUCCUCGACGCCCUGUCAGAUACGUAGCCUCAAAGCAAACUAAAUCAACCAAAAGGAAGAAGAAGAAACCGGAAUGGGACAGCACAGUGAAUGACUUGAAUGUACACAAGGCCACGAAAGAAGAACAGAUCAAAAGACAUGAACUUCACAAAUCCAAAAAUGCUGGCAAAGUGCACUUGCUGAGUCAAGUCAAGGACAGAAGUCUAGACUCCACCAUUCAGACUCCAGAUACAGUUGAAAGGCGGAAACUGGCCAUUGUUCAAGAAGUUUUAUAUGGUCAGGAUAAGUUUCAGGAGGUGUUGUCCGAGUCCGACAAAGCUAUGUCAGUUGUGAAAGAUUUGUUUGGUGAUGAUCCAAAGAAGUUCAUGGGAUUUCCAAAUAUCACUGCUGCCCCAAGUAAUGCUUUGAAUGGCAAAGAAAACAGAUUUCUAGCUGGUCCACUGGGUGAAAUGCCAGAGACUCCAACUCAUCUAUCGCUGCUGAGUGAUUCUGUCAUGAGAACACCAGCUUUGAAUGAACUUCAAGAUGACCACAAUCAAGAUGAGUUUUCUCCAGGAACACCACCUUCUGGCCAUGAAAGAAAAACAACCUCUUCCUUCCAACCCAUGCUUGACGUUCAAAGAUUUCAACAAUACGUGGCUGAAGAACAGAACAAAUAUCUUGAGAACCGUACACCUCACUCAAAUGCCGGGCAUGGCUCAGGCAAUGUGCCCUCACGUGAUAGCAUUGCUGCUGGACAACCAACCAUUUCCUCAACAGAUGGUAUAAAAAUCAUCGAAGAGGGAUCUGGACCCUUCCGUGGAGAGCGUGGCUCUGACCAUGUGGCACAACACAGCAGCUUUCCUAUGGUUGCUGAUCAUGCUAGUCAGCCACCAUCUUUUCUAAGUCAGGAGUCAGCAGAUACUGUCAUUGCUGGAGGGCCUAACUUUGUAAAACCAGUGUCCAUGGGAGAAUCAACUUCAAACAACAGUAUUCCAUCCAGUGUUAGAGCACAAUCAUCCAGAAGUGCAGUAUCAGAUCAGCGGCCUGGACCCAGCAAAAGAGACACAACGGCUAAACCGAGUCACAACCCGACAUCUAAUUCUUCAUCAAGUGGUUUACGAAGUCUUGAUGACUUAAAAAGGAUGGUGGAGGAAUUGGAAACAGAAGUAGCAGCUUAUGAACUUGAAACAGGUCGACAGCAAACAAAACUGACUUCGCCAUCUGUGGGCAGCUUCAGUGGAUACACUGCAUCACUUAUCACUGCCGUCACGAAGUUGAUGGGUUACUUGAAGGAGAGUGAAAUUCAAAGGAAAGCAGAAAUGGUUAUGAGGGAGCAAGUUCUCCAGGGAUUUCAAGAACAGAGAGCUUUAGUUGAUGCCCUUACUAAUGAUAUUCUCCACACACAAGAACAGAACCUGGCUUUACAAUAUGAGCUGUUGGAAUACAGAAAAACCACAGAUGAGCAGCUGCAAUACUUACAGAGAGAACUUUUUGCUGUCUUGAGAAGCCAUGAGUAUCAAGCAUUAUCCAGCAGUAUCAACACCUUGUACAGUUUAAACCCUGUAGCCUUGAGGCAAGGAGCUUUUGAUGCCCUCCGUCCAUCGCAACAUGAAAAUCAUAGCUUGGAAUAUCUACCUGGGGCUCCAGUUUCUCAAGCAUAUGAAAAGCAAGAACAGGAAGUAACCAAUUUAAGGACUGGAACAGGCAGAGAUUUGACAGCAGACAGUAGAAACAAGCCUUCAUUUAUACCUCUUGCAACAUCCCAGGAUCACAGUGCAUCACAGUACUCUGCUUUGAGUAGAAUGGCUGCAUCACCAGUUUCCCACAAACACAAUCCACCAGUGACGAGCAUUGACUCUGUGCAGCCGCACAUCCAAGUUUCCAUGGAGAAUUACACUAAACAGCAACACUCAGUGAUGCCUACUGCAGUGUCAGUUCCCCAGUUGCCACACAAUGGACAUGUUCCUUUGGUGUAUCCUUAUUCUGGUUCAACUAGUGUCGAUCAUGGAAUGCCUGGCCAUGGACAGAUAAGUUCUAACAUUGUCAUGUACCCUCCCAGCCAAGCUCAUUUCACUCAAGCUAGAAACAGAGAAGCAACCACAUCAAAACCCCAACCAAUAGUGACUGGUGUUCCUAAUAUACCACUGGUACAAAACCAAUCAGCUCCACCAGGUACUACAGUGAUGCACACAGGAUCAUCCUCAGUUUCACCCUUGUACAGUUCUCAUCUUCAGAUGGCAGGGCAACCCAGCAUUAAUGCACAGGUGCAAGUACAAACCUCUCAGUCAGCAGGCGACCAGCAGCCAGCAGUCUUCAAUACUAUCCAGCCAAUGCCUGGUGUUCCACAAGAGUUUCCACAGGGGAUUCCAAAACCACCUCAAGCUGCCUCCCACAGAUUGUCCCAUGAAAUGCCUCCUGCUGGUCUUGAAGAGGACUCAAGAUUGAGUUCCCCUAGGUAUGUUAAGAAUCCGGAGUCCAUAAGACAAGGUGCUGCUGCUGCUGCUGCUGUAACUUCUGCUGAAUUAUCUGACUUGAAGGAGAACCAAGAGCAGCCUCCUCGGCAAGUUUAUGUCCAAGCAGCUCCAAAAAUGGAACAUGCAUCAAAAUCCCAAGGCUUUGUACCAGUUUCCAGGGGAAUGAUUGGUGGUCUUCCAGCUAAUCAUCAGCUCAGAGAACGGCUUCAGAACUUGGCCAACAGGCAAAAGACUUCGACAGGCAAAACUGGCAGCUGGGAUGUUGGUAGUGCACACCAGAACAAAGGAGAAAGCAAGAAAGUUCAACCACCACGCCCAAGUUCUCCACAUGUACACUUCCAGGAUCCUCCAGUUUCCAUGAAUAGGCUCGACAGUUCUAAACAGCAACAUCAGCAGCACUCCCCUCCUGUUUCACCCAUCCCAUACAAGAAUCCAGCAGUCCUCAGGUCAAAUGCCCCACCUGACAAAAGAGUUGUCGUGAAUCUACCUAAUGCCUGGUCUGAUGUCUCAUCAACAAUUUCACUGUGAAAUACAAAAUGCUCAAUA